AUGGCCAAACUUAACAUCCCCUGGUCGAAUCUCAAUAGUGAGAGGGAUAUAAUCAACGCACUAGUAUGGAAUCGAUGGAUACUACAAGUUCUCGGAAUCUGGCCGUUGGUAUAUUCAAAUACUACAGCCAUCGAAAAGAUAUUAGCGACGAUAUCAUUCGCGUUAUGCUGGUCCGGGAUCAGUUUUCUUCUAAUUCCCAUGGUCAUAUUUAUGCUGUCAGAACGAACGACUCUAAACGACAAAAUUAAAAUGUUAGGCCCACUAAGCUACGUAUUAGUCUCGAUGUUGAAAUAUUUCUUCUUGGUGAUGCAUCAUAAGGGCAUACGGCAAUGCAUUCGCGUGCUAAGCGUCGAUUGGCGUGCAGUCCAGCAGCAGGAUUAUCGAAAAAUUAUGAUUAAAAACGUGGCAAAAAGCCAUGUGCUAUGCAAGUUUUGUAUAGUGUUCAUGUAUUGUGCAGGCUUGUGUUUUUAUACGGUAAUGCCGUUUCUGACACACACCACAAUUGACGAGCAAAAUAAUACUGUUAAGCCAAUACCUUACCCCGGAUUCGAUAUUAUUUUCGAUUUCCAUAUUACGUCGGUCUAUAUAUUUGUAUUUUGCGCACAAUGGAUAUCCGGUAUGGUACUUUUCAAAGUUACCACGGCAGUGUGUUGCUUGGCGGCUAUGUUCGUAGCUCACGCUUGCGGUCAAGUCGAGAUCGUGACGGCCCGCAUAGAAAAUAUUGUAAAAAGUGCACAAAGCAGUCACAUAAAGCAACAUAUGGCGAUUAUAGUGAAACACCACAUGCAGACAUUGAGGUUUUCAGUCAGUAUCGACAGUAUCUUACGCGAAAUAUGUCUGGUUGAAAUAGUGGGAACAACGUUAACGAUAUGCACGCUGGAAUAUUAUUGUAUCACGGAAUGGAAUAACAACGACAGUAUAGCAAUUUUAACAUAUUUUUUUCUAUUAAUAUCGUUUGUCUUCAACGUUUUCAUGCUUUGCUACAUUGGCGAACAAUUAACAAAUCAGUGCAGCAAAGUUGGAUUUGCAUCAUAUAAAAUCGAGUGGUACCAUUUACCAGGAAAAGUUGCACUCGAUCUUACGUUAAUAAUCAGAAUAUCACAACAUCCGGUAAAAAUUACUGCAGGAAAAAUAAUUGAUCUUUCGUUCGCACGUUUUGGCUCUAUUAUUUUCGUGCACCGAUCACCGGAAAUACUCCUGCCAGAACCUUUAUAUGCGACCAGCAUUCCGACGAGCUAA